AUGUCCGCAGAUCAUGCCGUAGGUUCUCAGGAACACGAUCGCCUUGUCCGGCGGAUCAGGACGCUCACGUCUGUACUCCGGAAUGUCAAGCCUUUUCUCGGCGCAACACAGAGCAUUACAGGCCAGCAGUCAGCGCAUGCGCAGCUAUACCACCAUAUCGCCAUCCUGCUCACCCGCGGUACCGAUGCUGAUAGCAAGGGCUCAGGGGUCAUUGCUGUGAAGGGGAAAUCUACAGCUCGAGGCACGUUGGUGGCCGUCAGCGAGGAGGACCGUGACGAGGAUGCCGAAGACAUGAAUGUUGCAGCCAGCACACUGGGAACGACACAGAACUCCCGACCAGGAGAGAACUCAUCGGAAGAUUUGGAUAUAAACUGGAUCCCUGCAAGCGGAAAGAAAUUGUCCGAUCUUGGUAGCUCCAACGACUUUGAUCUCCGCGUCACAUUGAAGGAUCAUAUCAGCGAUGUUAUUGCAGCUCUUCAGGAGAUACCUCAUCGAAGUGAUCCCUCUUAUUCGACAUGCGUCAAAUCCUUCCGCCGUUUCGUCCUCAGGAGGACCUGUCAGAUGAUGCUCCGGCGUUUUCAGGCGAGACACAUAUUUUGGAGCGAGGAUUUAUUCGAUCUUCUUGAAUCGUGGACUCCUGAGGCCGGAGAGACCAUCGAUGAAAAGUUUGUGCCUGCUUCGCGUGUUGGCAAAUACAUCUUCACCCCCGAUAUACCACUACUCCGUCGAGGGGACCAGGACAUGUACGCUAUAACUAUCGAAACGGCUAGUCCUUGGCUUAGGACUCUCGUCUCAUACGUCCUCAUUACUCUGGAUGCUCUACAGUCCAUUGCUGCCGCAAUCAAGAGCAAGGAUCGGAAGGAGAAUGCACGGCUUUUGGACGAGCUGGUGGCACAUAGUAUCGGCCUCAACACACUCUUAUCCGCGCAUAUAUUUGAUUCGCUUUUCGCAAUACCUUCGCUCGUGGAACGUUUGCACAACAAAAGAGCCAACCAGGCAGUGUAUGAAGAACUAGAGGAAUUGGACCCUGAUAACGUGGCCUUUCCUCUGCGAUACAUUCGGACGUUAGUAGCGUCCCAUACAGCCGUCCGUUUCUUAACGUCUCGAAAGACUUUUCUCGGCAAUCGACCACUGGAUUUUGCCCUUAUCCGCGUUUCGCGUCCUGAUAAGGACAUGGCACUGGCGAAGGAAGUGAUGGAUAAUGAUUUCCUGGAAUCGGUCAUGCAGCGCAUCUUCCCUGCGGGCCAGGUUGCAACAGAUGACGAGCAAGAGUCCGUUCUGGAGGUGCUUCGUGAUACUAUUCCCGAUAAAAUCAAGCCAUUUCGUGGCUCGGUGCACUGUGAGGCGACCCUCAUGGCUAUCAAAGCUGCGGCCAAUGCACCUGUUGCUACCCCUGGUAUUGGCACUAUUUUCUGUGACAUCGAUAAUGUCAUCGGUGUCGGUAAAAAAUGCUGUUGGUGCUGUGACUGGCUAGGUAGACACCUGCCUGUGCUAGGGCAGGACCGUUUUAGCUUACCAGGUACCCAUGGCAAAAUCCUUCCCUGGUCUCCUCCACGAUUUGGUAUUCCGCCGACAACCCUAGCUUUACUGGAGCAAGCUCCGAUGGAGCAGUUGCGCCUGGUGUUCGUGGCGAGGGGACGAGCUGCCAGAUACGAAACAAUUUUAGCAUCACGUCUGUCAUCUCCGGCAUCUUCUAUCUCUGGUGACGACGAUGUCUCCUCUGAGUCUAAAAAAGAGAAAGGGACCAUAAUGAAAGCGGAGUCUAGAUUUUACAGGAAACGAGGUAGUAUUCGCUGA